CUGGGCUCUUUCCUCAAAGGGCUCAGCAGACGCACCAUAGUACUACUGUACUUCUUAGCAUUUACAGUCCCGAGUACUUAAGAGGGCUUGGCUCGGGACAGACUCGGCUGUUUAGCCGCUUGUCUAUUUGAUAUAAGUGCUAUAGAUGCGUAGUUAUCCAUAUCUAUAAGCACACAUAUUACUAAUCUUCUGUGCCAUAACCUAACCUAACCUAACCGCCUUAUAGAUACGUACGAUCAUUCAAUCAGUAGUUCCAUUCAUUCACUCAGUUGCUUGUUGAUGUCUGGCAGCUUGUAUCUGUGACAUUUUAAUGUCAUGAAUAUUUUCAGCGGAAUAUUAUACUGCGUGGUACACUAGUGUGGAUUUUUUUUGUCAUAAAGAGCCUAAAUAUAUUCUUGCCUGUUGUCUAGGUUGUCGUCAGGUCCGUCCAUGAUGAGAAAUUUUAUCCCUGUCAAAAUACAACGACGUAGCGACAUUAUUUUUGAAGCAAGCUCUCUUCACUUUUUACGCUGCGACAUGCCAUGGUAGAUGUUUUAUUUCUUUUCAGAAAAAAAAGUAGAUGCUCUACAAUAAGACAACAUGAUGGAGGCUCAUUGUUUUUUUAGGUCGUGGAUGCUGCUUUGUCAGUCCUAAAGUGUUGAUGUUGCUCCGGCACAGUCGUGCCACAGCGCUUGCCACAACGUGGGACAUGGUUCAUUGGUCUUCACAACAUCAUGCCCAACCUGCUAGUGCUGACUCCUGCUCCGGUCUGGGACACGAAAAACUAGAUGAAGACCAUACUCCUCAUAGAUCUUAAUAUAGUUAUGUUGCAUUAAUUUGUAUGUGUUACCGUAAUAAGUAACUACACAGUAUACGUGGGCUGUGGUUACUAGUGCAUGUUGUUUGAAAAAAGAGGUACUCUUCUAGUAGACUACUAGACGACUACUUAGUUCACGUUAUGGAACAACAGUCUUUUCAUGUGAGCAGAACAGCAAAUGAGUGACUACUUCUUCGUAGUUUUCUAUUGUAGAUGAAAAAUCGAAUUUUUCAUCCCUAUAGAAGUCCUUUCGCUCCUUUGGUAUUCAUUUUCCAGAUAUUAGACGACUUCACUAGAUGAUCAGAACAGCUCUAGCCCUCGUACAACAACAACAGCAACAACAACAACAACGAUAUCCUUCCAGCCCCUGGACGAGCUUCCCUUUUUUUUCUCUUGAGGCCUCAUCCGAUGUUAGCGCGACCUGGAAAACCUUUUUGUAAGCACGGCAUGAUCUUCAGUCUCUAGUACCUUUUACGACAAGACGACGAGCUCACAACGACAUCUUUAGUGCUUUUGAAGAACGAAAACCCUCCUAGUGCGAAGCUCUCGUCACUACCUGAGCACCUUACUGAACGAAAACCCUCCUAGUGCGAAGCUCUCGCCACUACCUGAGCAGCAAGCAACAUGUCGGAUGCUCUCGGAAAGAGGCUGCGGCACGCCUUAGGCGUGAUUCACCUUCACGUGGAUGAUGCGACGAUCGACUUCUUUAGAUCGUGCAUCACAUUGGACUCCUCUCUGGACGAAUUCGAGGACAUAGUGGGUCCAUUCAUAGAGGAGUCCGGUGUGGAUGAAAGCGGCAUUGUUAGGGAAAGAUGUAUUUGCAUACAGACAUCAUACUUGGAUCAGGUUCGUUUAGUGCUUUUUAUAUUCAAGUUGAAGAAGAUCAUGAUUUAUUCUUCAGUAGCCAAUGAAGCUUGCUAGUUUUCCUGGCGGGCCCCCACCUAACCUAACCUUCUUUACGAAAAAAUUGCUGUCAGAGAGGUGCUGUCAGAGACGUUCUUCUUCACACAAUCAGUAACUACAGGUGCCAUCGGACACGCAGCAUUUUUGAGAUACGACCCAAUGCAAGCGAAUGCAGCGCCAACAGGUGGGACGCCAGACCAUAGCCGAACAUCUAGCGUUCAACCAGUAGCAGUUGAAGGUAGAAACCUUUUUUUCAGUCAUGUUUAAUAUGGUAGAUAUGAUCGUAAGUAGCUGUUUGUGGUAGACAUGAUCACAACAAGAACAAUACAUAUAAUUUUGAUACAAGUAAUAAUGAUAACCAGGCUUAGAGCAAUGGCUCCGUGAACUACGGUUGGAGCACUAUUUGCGACCAGCACAAAACUGGUGUCGUGAAAUGGGCGCCGCUUGUCAUGAGGAAAUAUUCGAGGAGAGCGCAGAGUUUUGCGCUGCUCUUAAUAUGAAGAGUCUAGAGAAAAAGCGCAUUGCAGAAUGGCUAAGCCGUAGACAACAAGGAGGCGCGCAGCCGAUGCAACUGACCGGGUCUACGUUUGAUCAGGGAACGCGAACGCCACAGAGUUCGGCGUCUUCGUCUAGUGUGGCCAUGACAGACGCAACAGAUAGACAAGUAGUAAUGCAGUUACCUCCUGGACAGGGGCCGCCACAAGUAGUGCCGCCUCCUGGAGGAGCGGGGAAUCAACCUAGUUCAUCGCCUACUAGUCCAGCGAAUAACACUGGAGGUGCAGCUGUGAACCACAACCCGGCUGGGGGAGGCGGCAAUGCCGGAGGUGUGAAUGGUGUUAGUGAUAGCAAUCCAAAUUUUAAGGCUUGUGAAUAAUAGAGAGAAACUGAUGUUGUCGUUGUCGUUGAAAGGUUCGAUAUUACAUCUUGUGAGAUUCUGCUUGUUAGUAUUACAUCGCACUGGUGGUCUAUCACAACAUGGUUUCAUCGUAUGUGUUGAAAGAGGUGCUUUUUUGUUGUUGUUCUCUCAACAGAAGAAGAAGGCGCUUCUCAGUACUGGACCAGUACUUCUUCUCCAAAUCUCUAAUACCUCCGCCCCACAAGCAGGAUCGAGUGGGAACAACACGAAUCCACCUGGUUCCGCAGUCAGUCCUCAACAGCAACAGGGUGGAAGUUCCGCCUCCAAUGCCAACGGACCGCCAGUGCUGAAUCAGAUUUUCGUACAGCGGACCAUCACGCCACAAAAUGAGGGAAAUCGUGUAUGUUUUGGCGAUGCUCGGGAUCCGUAUGUGCAGUGUGAGGAGCUCGGAGCAGGGGCUAUGGCAACGGUGUAUCGCUGCUACCGUCGGAGUAAGCCAGAGGAUAACUUCGCAGCAAAAGUGAUCUCUUUGAAUUAUGAAGAAGUUUGGAAAAGGAUAAUGAAGAAGAUCAGUUGUAUCAGAGCAUCAUUUACAAGAAUAAUGAAGUGAAGUUAUCAUGUGUAGUUAUCGUUUUUCUAUAGUAUAGAGCAAAUAAUAUUCUGGUCACCAGCAUCAACAUCAUCAAAAGUAUGCAAGACCAAGACCUGACUCAAGAGAAAUUGAGAGAGACCCUAGGUACUACACAGUUCUAAGUACACAGCCCCUCAAUCACGUCACUUCCCCUCUAAUCCCCACGACUGAAGCUGAAUCACGCAGGCUUUUCCAGGGAGUAUUCCAAGUUGCAGAGGGAAGCUCAGAUAUUGUCCACGUUGCGGAAUAAGUACAUCACGAGUCUGGUAGACGUGAUUGAACAAAGGGAUAAUCUAUAUCUAGUGAUGGAGAUUGUCCAGCAUGGCGAAUUGUUCGACCGCAUCCUGGAUCACGACAAUGACCCCUACGUAGCGCGGUUCUCGGAACCCGAGGCACGCUACGUCUUUGUCCAGAUCUCAGCAGGGCUCAAAUACGUGCACAUGAAACAAAUCGUACACCGCGACCUGAAGCCAGAAAAUAUUCUUGUGGUACUUGACUUGGAUAGGAUCUUGUGCGAUUGUGCGGAUUGACUUAUACAUAGACUUUUUAGAACAGUGCUUGUACUACUCCUUGUAGAGGAAUGCAAAAGUGUUUUAUAUUUGAAAGCAAACCCACUCACCUUCUUCCAGUAUCGUCGAUAUCCGCUGAUUAAGCCGUCGGAGUUGUCAGGAGAUGCUAGAUGGAACAUGGUUGAGUGCGAUCACGCAGCGACAGGAAGGAUGAUGGCCUACGAGAUAAAACUCAGCGAUUUUGGAUUGGCGAAACUGGUGGCAGAUGGGUAUUCCAUCGCAACAACGAGAACAGGCACUCCGCAGUAUUGGGCACCAGAAGUGGCAACCAGUUUAGGAGCACACCGAGCGAGUGGCGGAGAAGGCGUGCCGGUGCAGGUAGAAACUAAAGUCUAAGAUUAUGCACCAGCACAAACUAGAGGCUUUUUUUGUUAGUAUUCAACCGCGGGAGAAAUGCGCGCUCAAUAUAGACGGAGAAGCGAGCGGCGCCGCCUUUCCCGGGCGCCUAAGGUCGCAGCGUUUACCUUGGCCGGUAGCUGGCGGCCUUCCAAGCUGCCAGCGAUAGGGGCGACCGCUCGGCACCAAAUCACUCGAAUGCACUGCGCCGGGCCGCGCCUUGUCACAGCACAGGCAAGCCGAUAAAAAUAGGUCGGGCGGUCUCUCAAAAUGUCGAACAUCACCCUGGAAGCCCAGCGAAAGCCGGAGACGAUAGCGAGGGCGGGGCUAUCGUGGUGCGGUCACUCGCCUGCCGGCUGCUUGUCGGCUGCCUAGAUGCAAAAGAGCAAGCAGAGGCAGAGCGCUUGACACAUUGGGCAGCAGUCCGCCUUUGUUGUCUUCGGCGACGGACAUACAAAGCGGCCGCUUCGCCUUCUGUUCCCCAUUUUUUGUCUUCGUAGUUUCCAUCCUCUGCCUAGUGCUAUGGGUCGGCGAGGACAGGCGUUCGGCCGCUUGCUUCGACUUCUUUCUCUUUUUUACAUUGUUCGCGGGUGACGGUGCAGGAGAUGACUGAGUCUUAUUCUGCGCCUUUUAUUUUGUCGAUCUUUGUUGAUGGUCACUGCCUCAGUCUACAUCAACAUCUUUUAAGAGAUAUUGGCCCAUUUGAACACGCAACAUCUGUCGUUGAUUCGGUUCAUUCCCAACUUCUACAGGGCUACGGCUUUUCCGCAGAUCUUUGGUCUCUGGGUGUGGUUUUAUACGUGCUGUUGUGCGGUAGGUAUCCCUUUACCGGGGAUUCAAGGCAGAUGGAAAAUAAUCAGAUACGAGGAUAUUUCGAAUUUCCGAAGAAAUGCAGUAUCUCGAAUGAAGCGAAAUUUAAGACUCGUCCACCACUUCUCGUACAUCAUUGUUAUUCGAAGAAAGGUUUCUAGGUAAGUGGGCAUUGUGGGAUAUUUCUAUCUUCCGCUGUGGAUUGGAGAAUCCUACAACGGGUCACAUUGAAUAAGGUCAGGCAGGACUGCAAUUUGUUGCACGAAAUAAAUUGAGAUGAAAGGAUGAUCAUUAUGGGGAAAUGAAAAGAAGAAAGAUACGGUGUGCAGGAGCAGGAUUCACAGCCUCACAAACUAACCUAACCUCAGCCUUCAAUAUGAUGAAGAAAAACUACCUCGUCUAAUACCUACCUCAUCACGGGCUUAGUUCGUCGUGCACCCAACGCGAGGAUAUCGUUGCUCAAUUGUCUCCGAUGUAAGUGGGCCACGAAGUCCAUCCUGCACAUGAAAUGCAGCUUCUAUCGACCAAAAGUAUUCACCAUAUUUUUUUGAUUGUUGACAUGAUCAUUAAUUUUCGGACUUUGUCUUACAUAAAUAUGUCACUUCAUUCACACAUGUCACUUCAUCGUUUCUCAUUCCCACACAACUGUUUACGCCUUGCUCACAACAACUAUAAUGAGGUACCCAUGUCACAGUGGAAGAGCCGAAAUAUUUUGCUGCCUUUGGCUUUCGAUCGCACAACGGCGUACAUAAUGUCCGCAGUCUUCCGCUCUUUUCCCAUAGGGAUGGAUCCGAAUGUCGUUUUCCUGAGAAGCGAUGCUUUCCCAAGUCCACCAGCAGUCGAAAAGUUAUGGAAGAUAUUCAUAUCCUGUAACUUUUGCUCUUACUAUAAGGUUUCAAAGGAAGAAUAGAUAAAAGGGAUCGACUUCUACGAUGUACAAGAGGUUUUAAAGAGAAAUUGAAAUCGACAGAAGAGGUUCAUCAUCACGAGGAUCAAGUAAGUGUAGUCUGUCGACGUAUAUUAGUUGCUAGAAGUUGUUGAAGAAAUUCAAUCAGGCCUUUACUAAUACUUCUAGAUUACUAAUACUUCUAGAGCAAAACAGCAAAUAACUUUUCCCACCUAGUAGUCGCGGUCCGUCGUUUGAACAGCAAACUCCCCACUCUGAUAGCCCUCUCCGCUUCUAAUCUCCGAAGGGCUGACCGAACACCAGAUCAUGAAGAACGUCGCUUCCCUGGACAAAUUCAAGAAUGCCUUGAUUCGGUUUGUCAAUGACAACUUCCUGGAGGAUUCCCUAGACUACGAAAUCGACUCCUACGGAGACCGCUACUUCUACUUCAACUUCAAGUACUUGCCAGACCAAGGGAGCACUUCUGAAGAGCAGGUAAUGGUGCGGUCUGCGGGAGAAGAAUACGAGAGGGGAGAAGACCCGAUCGCGCACGAGAUACUGUACAAUGUGGUGAGGACCUGCUUUCCAACGAAGAUUCUGGAACUUGUCACGUUGCGGGUCACGGAAGUUGUGGUAAAUUAUAAUUUCAUGAUGUUGAAGGACAAUCUUUAGUAUUUGUUGUGAAUUUAGUAUUUGUUGAAUGAGAUAGAGAUUAUCAUGUUUUGUUGAAUUUAGUAUUUGUUGAAUGAGAUACUAGAGAUUAGGAUUACUUGUGAUUAAGAUUAUGUUGCAUUUGAUGUGGGCAGCUCUUUUAUUCAGAUGAAAUAAUUGCCAACCGUUCCUCCUUCUCUCCACUGCAGGACCCAUCAACUGGUGAGAAACGGGCUCACUGUGGACUUCAGCUUGAGCAGAGUGGGCAGAUAGGGCUUAUAGUAAAGGCAGUCGACCGAGAUUCUCCGAUGAAGGGGAAGAUUUUCAGCGGCGACCUUCUCCUAGAACUACAGGGCAAACCUCUGACCACGACCAACCUGUUCCAGAUCUACUGCGCAACCGGGAACUGCCUGCUAGUGCAGCGCGGUGCGUAGGCAUUGGUGUGAUGGGUGAUCAACAAGGAGAUUACUGGAUCAUUUACAGCAAGGGCUUACUACUUCGAUCUAAAAUAACUACUUCUACUGCUGUCUGCGGACUAUAGUACGUCUAGACCGAUGAUCUGGCGAGUUAGAAGACGACAGCUGUGAAGGAAGGAGAGGACUACGUGGCGAGUCUUAGAUCUUACUUUAGCAGUUGCAGAUGAGAGAAGAAUUUUUCACCGCCCGAAGCGCCGCACUCAUUUCACGCUGCUGCAAGGACUUACAUCCGCAGAGCCCUCUCGAGGAAGCAUAUCAUGAAUACCAGCAAAGACAAGGCCCUCAUCUUUAAAGGGAAAAUAUCUUGUCACGAGAAGUCCACGUCUCGCAGAAACUGUUUGCGGAAAAGAUCUUGCUGCUGCCCCUUCGAUGGUACUAAGCAAGCAUCAACUGCUUGAUGAAAAUGAUCAACAUCAUAUUAUAGACAUGUAUCAGAUGACAGACCCAGUAUAAUUGAUAUCCUCAUACAACUAUUCUUUCAUAAACAUAGAAGCAGACCCAGUAUUGAUAAAAAGUCUGUUCCUGAGUUCUUUGUAGUUUAUCACCUUUGAUCUUUGUAGUUAACCUGCUGUGGUUAGAAGUAUCUUCUAUUUCUGCUGUAUCUCUGUACUUGUCAUUCUUUGUAUUUCUUCCUAGUGGCGUAGUUGGUUCAGUAAGUUCAUGUUCAUACAUUUUUUCAUCUUAUGGUUUGCGACUGUUGGUUCCUGAUUGAUUCAUGAAAAUAAUGAGGCACUCAAAAUUGCAUCUUUCUUUAGGGGUGAAAACAUUUUUUACAAGAACUACAUGAUUGCUACCACACACUUUUCACCAAUGAUGACUUCCAAAUAGUAAAUAUUUCCAUAUCAGUAGUCCAAGACCAUAGUAACCUAAAGAGGAAUCAACCCCGAUUGAUUAAGCGAUUGAUCGUUGUCAUAAUGAGUAUGGUAUUUUUAUUUGUCUGGAUGAUGCUAGACCAAUUAAUCGAAGUAAGUUUGUACUAUGAUGAGAUACCUCUGAAUCUAUGUUAUGUUCUGUCCCAUUGGAAGAUAUAAAAACGGGAUCUGUCGUUGGUAAGUAGACUAGGAGCAUUGAUGAGCACAUAAGUUGUUCGUAUGAAGGACGGUGCACAUGAAGAAAUGCAGCCUCUUCAUCACUACUCUCAGAGAGAUUUCCUACACGGAGUCUUGUUGUCUGUGUGGGAAAAUCACAAGAUGUGAGUCCCAGUAGUCGUUUUUGAAGGACUACGGACGGGACAAGGACCGCUACAAACGACUUCGAACGGCAUAGAAUGACAAUUUGUCACAAUUAAUUCAAUUGAUAAAAGAAUGUCACUACACGCGGUAACUCUAAAUGCUGCUUGAGGAUACAAC